CUCCGUUAUCCUCUCACUCCUCCCCCCUGUAUGCUCCUCUCACUCUGCUCUCGUGCCGGCCCGUCCUCCGCCUCCGCCCGGCCCCGACACCCGGACAGACCCUGCAGACUGCCAGAUUGGCCGGGAGACGACGAAAAGGAGAACAUAGACUAAACAGUUGUUGGGACUAGGGUGGGCUAAAUUGGGGGUCGCAUUGCAGUAUCUCACACAUUCUCCCAUCUGUGGGACUUUUUAUGUUUUUGUUCCCCAUCAGUGUCGUUAUUACGAGGAAAAACAAACUUUGCACGCCAUGGAAAGGUGUACAAAUCUGAGCGGAUGCUAAACUUGGAUCCAAAACGGCUGCUCUCAACAGGACCGUUAGGUUUUUAGCUAGUUAGCUCGCGAGGUGGGGACCUGGACGACUUAGUGGGAAAAAUACAAAACAAUAUUUUUAAUCACGAGGCGUGUUUCACGCUUCACGGCGAGGACGAACACUAAAGAUGCUGUUGGGGCUGAGCGAGUGGUUCUGGCAGGAGCGGCGGUGGUUUCCAAAAGGCCUGGGCUGGAGUGACCUGGAGGAUCGGGAUGGGCGAGUAUACGCCAAAGCUCACGACUUGUGGGUGGCGCUGCCCAUCGCCCUUAUAUUCCUCAUUAUCCGUCAGAUCUUUGAAAGGACAGUGGCUACACCCCUGGCUUCUCUGCUUGGGGUGAAAGAGACAGCGCGGCUCAAAGUCCCUCACAACCCCACACUGGAAUCCUACUACUGUAACAUUACCAAAACCCCCACAGAGACUUCAAUAACAAGUCUUUGCAAGCAGACCGGCUAUUCAGGAAGACAAGUGCACCAAUGGUUCAGGAGACGGAGGAACCAAGACAGACCCAGUUUGCUCAAAAAGUUUCGAGAGGCUAGUUGGAGAUUUACCUUUUACCUUCUUGCUUUCAUUGCUGGCCUGGCCGCCCUCAUCGAUAAACCUUGGCUGUAUGACCUGAAGGAGAUGUGGCAAGGUUUCCCUGUGCUGACUCUCCUCCCAUCUCAGUAUUGGUACUAUAUGAUCGAGCUGGGUUUCUACAGCUCUCUGCUCUUCAGUGUGGCGACUGAUGUCAAACGCAAAGACUUCAAGGAGCAGAUUGUUCACCAUGUGGCAACCAUCCUCCUCCUCAGCUUCUCCUGGUGCGUUAACUACAUCCGUGCUGGAACUCUCAUCAUGCUGGUUCACGACUCCUCCGAUUACCUCCUUGAGUCAGCAAAGAUGUUAAACUAUGCUGGGUGGCGAAAUGCCUGUAACUACAUCUUCAUUGUAUUUGCUGCAAUCUUCAUCAUCACUCGGCUGGUCAUCUUUCCCUUUUGGAUUAUUUACUGUACUUGGGUUUAUCCAGUGACCAUCUAUGAACCCUUCUUUGGCUACUACUUUUUCAAUGGACUUUUGAUGAUUCUGCAGUGUCUUCAUAUCUUUUGGGCGGUCCUCAUUAUACGCAUAGCAAUCCGCUUCCUCACCCACAAUGAAAAAGUGGACGAUGAAAGGAGUGACAAAGAUGAAACAGAUGAAUCAGACGAGGAAGAGGAGGAUAACAGUAACAUGAAGAAGAAAGGGCCGGUGCAGAACGGUCACACGGUCCACAACAACAACCACAGCAAGACAGAGUGAAAGCAAACAAGUGUCAGGACGAACAAAUGUGAGAAGGACUCAUAUCCCUCGGUAGGGGAGCAGGAGGGAGGGAUGAAAAGAGAGAGAAAGAACAAAGGAUUAUGGUGUGGGGCUGGUGGGGGUCAUUCCCCUAAAAUCAAGAACAGCAGGUAUCCUGAGGAAAUUUGACACUGUUACUUUUGCACAACACAAAAACACACUUGACACAUUAAUUUGUCUGUUUAGAGGGCACAGAGGUCCGGCAGAUGAUACACACUACAUGAAAUGGCAUGGCUGAUUCGCUUUGUCACGAGAGAGAAAGAAAUUCAAAGAGACAGGGGAGAAAAUGGACAAAGGAGGGGGGUGAUGGUGCUUCUUUUUAGCUUUCCAUGUUCUGUGUGCCUUAGAGCCAGAUGAUGGCUGUUAAAAUGCCAUUAAAAAAAACAAAUGCAUUCAGCUUUAA